GGUGCAAGAACCUCCCGGGGUGACAGUGGCUUCCCCUCCGGUCCCCUCCGCCACUGCUCUGCCUGCCACGGGGGUAGUUCUGGCCCCUUCCGCAGCUCCUGCUUCACCUGCGGCCCCCUCCCAGCCAUCCACCUCCAGCAGCAGCCUUUCAGACGUGGGAAACAGCAACUGGAGGAGCAGCGCUUUGGGAGGCACGCCGGGGUCAGCAGGGGAAGGAAUGCCCAGCGGCGCCACCUCCAUCCUGUCCGGCUUUGGGGGCAUUGCCGGGCUUGGCCACCUGGGGAUGGGCUCGGCAAACUUCAUGGAGCUCCAGCAACAGAUGCAGCGGCAGCUGAUGUCCAAUCCGGAGAUGCUGUCCCAGAUCAUGGAGAACCCCUUGGUCCAGAGCAUGAUGUCCAACCCAGACUUCAUGAGGCGGACGAUCACGGCCAACCCCCAGAUGCAGCAGCUGAUGGAACGGAACCCAGAGAUCACCCACAUGCUGAACAACCCCGAGCUGAUGCGCCAGACCAUGGAGUUGGCACGCAACCCGGCCAUGAUGCAAGAAAUGAUGCGCAACCAGGACCGAGCCCUGAGCAACUUGGAGAGUGUUCCCGGAGGGUACAGUGCCUUGCGGCGCAUGUACACGGAUAUCCAGGAACCGAUGUUCAGCGCUGCCAGGGAACAGUUUGGCAACAAUCCCUUCUCUGCGCUCACUGGGAGUUCGGACACCCCAAACUCCGAGCCUCUGCGGACGGAGAACCGAGAGCCGUUGCCCAACCCUUGGAAUCCCGUUCCCGCUUCUCAGGGCCAGGAGAAGACAAAAUCCAAUUUAUACAAAGCAUCAACUAAGCCUCCUUGA